AUGGUGCCUUCCGGUAGAAAUUGUGUCCCUAUUACUAUACCAAUGUGUAGUGAUAUCGCUUAUAACAUGACUGUUUAUCCUAAUUUACUUAAUCAUCAAUCACAAGAAGAAGCCGGAAAUGCUAUAAGCCAGUUUAACGCCUUAGUUAAAGUCAAAUGUUCUGAAGAUAUCAAAUUGUUUCUUUGCACUGUAUAUGCACCAGUUUGUACUGUUUUGGAGAAACCGAUCCAACCUUGUAGGGAUUUAUGUCUAUCCGCGAAGAACGGUUGCGAAAGCCUCAUGCUAAAGUUCGGUUUCCGUUGGCCUGAGCAACUAGAGUGCGACAGGUUCCCGGCUGAUGGUAUUUGUGUAGGCGAGAACAGAACUUCAUCUACCAGUUUACCAAGAGACUCUUCGUUUAAAUCAUUGGAAUGCCCUAUGUCAAUGAAAGCCUCGCUUGGUGGUCACUUUAGUCUACCUCUAGCUUCUGGACGAUUGGACAGUUGUAGCUUGCCUUGCGAUGCAGAUAACCAGUAUCCUAUGCUAUUUGAUUCUCGUAUCCGACGUUUUCUACGGUUUUGGACCGGAGGAUGGUCGGUAGCAUGUGCUGUUUGCUGCGUUUUUACCAUCAUAACCUUCUUAAUUGAUAUGUCACGAUUUCAAUAUCCCGUGCGUCCAAUACUGUAUAUGGCUCUCUGCUACUUCAUGAUUGCUCUUGUAUAUAUGAUAGGUGUGUUAGGAGAAGAUAAGUUUGCAUGUGGGUCCUAUGGAGAUUCUAAGAAUUCCCUGGUAACCCAAGGUGGCGAGAAAGUACCGUGUAGUGCUCUAGCAGUGUUACAUUAUUACUUCACUAUGGCUAGUAGUGCUUGGUGGGUUGUAAUGUGCCUAGCUUGGUUCUUGGCUGCUAAUUUGAAGUGGGGCGCAGAGUCUAUUGAUAGUUUAUCAACUAUGUUUCACGCUGUAUGUUGGGGAAUUCCUGCCUUACUCUCAGUUGCAGUAUUGGUGACCAACUCCAUCGAUGGUGAUGUCUUUACAGGAACCUGCUCUGUUGGGAAUCUAGAACCUAAAGCUUUGCUGUACUUCGUGUUUUUCCCAAUGUCUUUUUGUAUUUGCUUGGGAAUCAUCCUUCUUGUAUGUGGCGUUUGGUCCAUGAUCCGAAUCAGGAGAUACAUCAAGCUACAGCAUUCAGAUAUUGAUAGGAAUAUCAGUAAACUGGAAAAAUUGAUGCUUAGAGUUUCUGCAUUUGCUGUUAUGUACGCUUUACCCACAGCCAUAAGUGCUGCUAUUUUGUGCUAUCAGGCUGUACAAAUGCCUGUUUGGAUUGAAGGAUGGUACACUCAUCGAUGUCUGCGUGCGGAUAGGCAUGUUUUUGGAUUCAGCACUCCCUUGUCCACUUGUCUUCCUCGUACUGACACACGACCUCCUGAAAUCCUGAUUUUCUUCUUGAAAUAUUUCACUCAACUUGUUGUUGGUAUAACCUGUGCCGUUUGGGUCUGUAGCUCUAAGACUGUAGGCAGUUACCAAAGAGCUUAUUCUCGUUUCUGUAACCAACGAUCUGCUGUGUCAACCACAGAACGUUAA